AUGCGACCCCACGGCCCUCGACCCCACCCAAUGUCUGAACAACAUAUCGAAGCAUCGACUCGACUACGCGUAUGGCAACAGAACUUAAAUACGUCACUUGUGGCGCAGCAUUCACUCCUUAAUAGUCCUAUCGCCCGAGAAUGGGACAUCGUCGCCCUCCAGGAACCUCACAUCAACUCAAUGAAGAAUACCAUAUCGUCCCCAUACUUCCACGCCGUAUACCCCACCACCAGAUUCUCAGCACCUAAUCUUAAGUCACGAGUGGUCACUCUCGUCUCCAAAUCUCUAGAAACUAACUCAUGGCAGCAACUCGCAUUUCCUUCGCCAGACAUUGUCGUAAUCCAAUUUCGGGGCCCAUUCGGCUGA